AUGUCAAUGAGAGGAUUGGCUACCCAUCUCAAGCAUAUUGUCGCCUAUUUCUUUACUGGCAAUGUAACAUCGUUCCAAUUAAUGCCAUUAUUUUGGAAAGUUGUUGCAGUGCUUGAAACCACAGUAAAGUUAAAGGUGAUUGCAGCUGUGAAUGAUGGUGCAUCUCCAAAUCGGAAGUUUUUUACCCUUCAUGCAAAACUUGGUGGUGUACUCCCUGACGGUGUUGUGUACAAAACACCCAAUCUUUUCUGUCUCACCCGAAUCAUUUACUUCUUCGCUGAUGUACCUUAUUUGAUAAAGACUGCGGGAAACUGCCUUUAUAACUCUGGGUCUGGAUCAUGCAGUCGAUAUAUGUGGAACAAUGGCCAGCAUCUGUUAUUUAGGCAUAUAGGUGAUAUGUAUUACCGCAAUCAAGAGUUUGCCCUUCACAGAUUACCUAAACUGACUUUGGACCAUGUUGUGCUGACCAGUUUUUCAAAGAUGAAGGUGAAACUUGCUGUCCAGGUUUUGAGCAGGACAGUUUCAACUUGCCUUUUGGAAUGUAAUGAUCCCAGUGUUGUUGGUACUGCAAUGUUCUGCCAGAUGGUCAACGAUUUUUUCGAUUGUACAAAUGUGAGAUCUACAUCCGAGCAUGAAAGAAAGAGGAAUGAAAGGAUCAAACCCUAG